AUGGUUCUGCAUCUUUUGAAAAUAUGGGCCAUUACAUUUAUAUCAGUCUGCUCAGUCCAUGCCCAGACUCCUGGAUUUGAUCCUAUGAUUAAGCCGUCUAAUUGGCAGGAUGUUACAGCUGGAGAGAACUUCCAGAUUGUAUGGGACCCGACCGACUUUAAGGGUACCAUUACGCUAGAGCUUCUUGGUGGUGGAAGCCCGGCAACACUUCAGAUACUUGGCAAUAUUGCCCAAGGAGUCGAUAAUUCGAAAGGUUACUUUGAUUGGGCAGUUCCAUCGAGUGCAGAUUCCUUAGACACCUACGGCAUCCGUAUCCUUCUCGAGUCAAACCCGUCCAUUUUUCAAUACUCGUUUCCAUUUUAUAUUCGACAGGCUUCAUCUCGAGCCUCGUCAUCAAUCACCUCCGAAGCCGUGCCAGAAACAACCACACAAACCAUCAGUCAGUCCUUAUUUCAGCCAACCACCUUACCAACAAGCAAGUUGCCCGAUAGAUGCAAGGUUCGCAAACGUUGGGCUCCACCCCAGUAUAACAAUCCGGUCUGAUAAUGUCAAUAAGAAACUUAUGUUGACGAGAGAAAAGAGACGAAAAUGAAAAGGAGAAAGGAAAAUAAAAUAAGAAUUUAAGACACCCAGUGCAUAUUAGUACGUACGAGGUUUGUACGUCGAGGCAAAGACGAACAAUUCUUAUUUGUGCCGUGGACAUUGCUGAGAUGAACGAGUAUAUAGCUUAAUACCUCGGGGAAGCGCGCAGAACCUGUUGAAGAUCUAGUCUGUACAAUAACAAAAGUCAGGUAGCGCCGAGGGAAUUCAGUAGUAC